AUGGCGUCGCCCGCUGUGUCCACGCCUUCUACCGCAGGUUCGCCUCCAGCUAUUCCACUUGCACCAGCUCCUCCACCUCUUGCAAUCAAAACCACGGAUUAUUCUACUAUGGCGUCAAUCGCUGCUUCACCCGGCGGUCUUCCAACUCCAACCGGUAUGAUCACACGAAAGGAAUGGGUCAUCCCACCUCGACCAAAGCCUGGCCGAAAGCCCGCAACAGACACUCCACCAACGAAGCGCAAGGCGCAGAACAGAGCUGCACAGCGUGCUUUCCGAGAGAGACGAGCUGCAAGAGUCGGUGAACUCGAAGAACAGAUAGAGGAGAUAAAGGAGGAACACCAGAGGCAAGAGGUGGAAAUGCAGGCGAAGAUCGUACGACUUGAGGCUGAGUUGGAGAGAUUUAAUGGGGAGCUUCAAUCUUGGAGAAGUCGAUGUGAAAUGCUCGAUCGAAUUGCGGAUUAUGAAAAGAGAGAGAAGGAGGCUGCGUUGGCUGAAUUAUCAUACCUUCGAAAUGGUGCAAGAACCACAGGGACAGAGGCCGUUCCGCUACCACCAAGACGUUCUCGUCAGACCGAGUCACAUACUCCUAUGGCGCCUCAAUAUACACAACGUAUACCUUCACCUGCGCCAGAUAUGGGGGAACUUGGAUGUGGAGGCUGCACUUCCUCAACCAGUUGCGCAUGUGCGGAAGAAGCUCUGGCUCUUGUGACGUCGGGGUGUGGAAAGUGUACAGCUGAUACACACUGCCAGUGUCUUGAAGAGACCAUAAAUGCAUCAAACAAUCAUGAAUCUAUGGAGCUCAAAAGACCUCAUUCUCCAUCAACAGAGGCGGCAAAGCGUCGACGUCAAUCAGAUGCGUCUACGCCACUUGAGAUUGACUUCACGGCUCAGUUCUCAACGAAGCCUAUAUUACACCAACAAGCUGAGCCUGUACCCCAAGCUAGACCACCUCACGAAUCUUGCGGUUUCUGUGAGGAAGGCACAUACUGUAUGUGUGCAGAAGCUGCCGCCGCCGCUGCAAAUGAGCGUGACCAUGAAAUCCGCCUGGCACCACUCCUCAGUGAGGUUACCCCUCCGCCAUCUGACAACGAUGUUGAUGGGAGCAAUAUCAAACUUCCAUCAAUGCAACCCUUCCAAAUGCAUCGACCUAUCGUAGCUCAGGCAGCACCCAACUCAUGUAUCAAUGGUCCUGGUACUUGCCAGCAAUGUCUCUCUGAUCCGAAGUCUGGACUUUUCUGUCGCUCGCUCGCCGCCAAGCGUGAGGACUCAUCAUCAGCUGUCCCAGAUGGAUGCUGUGGUGGUAAUGCUGGAGGCGGUGGAUGUUGCAAGUCAAUGUCAACAGCUGCUCCAUCUGAACCGCCACCCAGUCUAUCUUGUGCUGAUACUUACAAGACACUCUCUACACAUAAGAACUUCGACCAAGCUAGUGAUGACUUAAAUAGCUGGCUUGGCAGACUUCAUGCUGUGCCUCCUCACCAUGCUGGCCGUGCUCCAAUGGAGGUGGAGGCUGCAAGUGUUAUGGGUGUGCUGAAGCUUUUUGAUCGUCGCUUUGGUCGGGAUUGA